UUCGCCUCGCUAAACUGCUUCGGUGCUCUCCUUCUUUGUUCUUUCGCCUUGUGCCCUUGUCUCGUCUCGCCUGAGUGGUCUCUUCGGCCAUGGCCGGCCGCGCCCGGAAGCCUCCCUUCCGCCUCGUCGUCCUCCUCCUCCACGGCCUCGCCUCGCUCCUCCCGCCGACGUCGUGGGCGCAGCCGCCACCGCCGCCACCGGUGGCGGCGAGUGUCACGGUGGGCCUCAUCAUCAACGCCGACUCGCCAGUCGGAAGGAUCGCCAGAACCACCAUCCCGAUGGCGCUCGACGACUUCUACGCCGCCUUCCCCAACGCCUCCGCACGGGUCCGGGUCCUACAACACGACUCCGGCGGGGACGUCGUCGCCGCCGCGUCCGCCGCGCUGCAGCUGAUGACGACCCAGGGCGCGCGCGCCAUCCUGGGCCCGCAGUCGUCCGUGGAGUCGGCGUUCGUCGCGGACCUCGCCACGCGCGCUGAGGUCCCCGUCGUGUCCUUCUCGGCGACCAGCCCCUCGGUGUCCGCCUCCGCGGCUCCCUUCUUCGCGCGCGCCGCGCUCAGUGACGCGGCGCAGGCGGGCGCCAUCGCCGCGCUCGCCACCUACUUCGGCUGGCGCCGCGUCGUGCCCGUCUACCAGGACGACGACUACGGCGCCGCCUUCGUGCCGUACCUCGUCGACGCGCUCACGGCGGCGCGCGCCGAGGUCCCCUACCGCUGCGCGCUGCCCGGCGGGGCGUCCAGGGACGCCAUCGCCGCCGCCAUGUACCGCCUCGAGUCCGAGCAGACGCGCGCCUUCGUGGUGCACACGCGCCCGGGGCUUGCGGAGCUCGUGUUCGCCGCGGCGGCGGAGGCCGGGAUGAUGGCCAAGGGCUACGCGUGGGUCAUCACCGACGGCCUCACGGGCCUCCUCGGCUCCAUCGACCCGCCGCAGGGCAUCAUCGGGCUCGCGCCGCACGCGCCGGCCACGCCGCGGCUGCGCGACGUCCGGCGGCGCUGGGCGCGCAGGUUCAUGCGCGAGCACCGGGACGCCGAUCCGGCUCAGGCCGAGAUGGGCUGCUACGCGCUGUGGGCGUACGACGCCGCAUGGGCCGUCGCGUCCGCCGCAGAGCGUCUAGGCCCCGGCGAUUUAUCAUCGCCGCAGGGGCUGUUGGGCGGCAAGAGCGGCCCCACCGACUUCUCCGGACUCGGCAAGUCAAGCUCCGGCGAGAAGUUCCUCGCGGCAAUAACCAACACGACAUUCGACGGCCUCAGCGGAAGGUUCGAGCUCGUCAACGGCGAGCUUGCUGUGCCGGCAUUCCGGGUCGUGAACAUCAUGGACAACACCAAGGACCGGACCCUGGGGUUCUGGACAUCGAAGGACGGGCUGCAUCGCAAGCUGGGCGGCGGCGCAAGCGCGUCGAACAGCGGGCUCGCGCCGGUGAUCUGGCCGGCUGAGUCCACCGUCGUGCCGAUCGGUUGGGUCCAACCGACGAGCGGCCGAAAGCUGCGUGUGGCGAUGCCGGGGUUCGUUGACCCAGGCUACCGGCCGAUCAUGCACCUGUACGUGGACCCAGCGACGAACCGGACGGUGGCCGGCGGGUUCGUGGUCGAGGUGUUCGAGGCGGCGGUGCGGCUGCUGCCAUACGCGCUGCCAUUCGAGUACGUGUUGGUGGGCUCAAUGCCCUACGACAGUCUAGUCGAGAAGGUCGGAAGCGGGGACUUUGACGCGGCGGUGGCGGACAUCACCAUCACGGCGAACCGGUCGCAGCACGUGGACUUCACGCUGCCGUACAUGACGUCUGGGAUCGCCAUGGUGGUGCCGAUGCGCGACCAGCGCAGCAACCGCGCCUGGGUCUUCCUCAAGCCGCUCCGCUACGACCUCUGGCUCGUCAGCUUCGUCUUCCUCAUCUUCACCGGCUUCGUCGUCUGGGCCGUGGAGCACCGCGUGAACAGGGAGUUCCGUGGCCCCCCUUCCUACCAGAUCGGCACCCUCCUCUACUUCGGCUUCUCCACCCUCUACUUUGCACACAAUAAGGAGCUGAAGAGCAACCUGUCGCGGUUCGUGGUGGUGGUGUGGGUGUUCGUGGUGCUCAUCCUGCAGUCCAGCUACACAGCGAGCCUGACGUCGAUGCUGACGGUGCCGCAGCUGGAGCCGGCGAUCGGGGACUACGCCUCGCUGUGGCACGGCGCGGGCAGGGUCGGCAUCAUGAACAACUCCUUCAUGCGGGCGUCCAUGACCAGGUCGGGCUUCCCGCAGUCCAGGCUCGUGCCGUACAGAGCCACGCAGAGCUUCCACGAGGCGCUGCUCAAUGGCACCAUCGGCGCGGUCGUCGACGAGGCCCCCUACCUCAGGCUCUUCCUCAAGGCCUACUGCGACAACUUCACCAAGACCGCCCAGACCAACAAGACCGGCGGCUUCGGCUUCGCGUUCCCGAAGGGGUCGCCGUACGUGGCGGAUCUGUCGCGGGCGAUCCUGAACCUGACGGAGAGCGACGAGAUGAGCGCGAUCGAGAGCAAGUGGUUCGGCGACGCCGAGGGAUGCGCCGCGCAGGGCAGCCAGUUCACGUCGGACAGCCUCAGCUUCAGCAGCUUCUGGGGCCUGUUCCUCAUCACUGGCGCCACCUCGCUCCUCUGCUGCGUCGUCCACCUCGCUACCUUCCUCGUGGUCCAACGGCGAUGGAUUCAGGAGCUCGCGUCGGCGUCCCACUUGCCCUGGAAGGACAGGUUCCGGAUGUUCCUGAAACGCUUCGACAACAAGGACCUCUCGUCCCACACGUUCAGGACCAAAGACGGCGGCGGCGGCUCGGUAGCCGGCCGGAGCGCUAACGACGCGGGUGCUUCGCCGGCAGGCGUCGCGCACACUGCGGCCGGCAGCCCGCUCAGCGUGUCGAACCACACCUACGACAUGAGUGAGUGGUCGUUGGGUACGCCGAGCCCAGCGCCUGCAGCAACAGGGGAGGUCGAGCUGGCUGCUGGCGGCCAGGCGGAGGAGGUGGACGUAGCUCCGGAUCCUGACGGCAUCAGUGAUCAGAUCGGCGCAGGGCACCAGGCCGGUAACUGAUCAACGGCCAUUUCGAAACUUCUCUGACUGCGCUUGCAAGGAAACGAAUAGCAAGUUAACAGCCGAUCGAUCAAUCGAUGACACGUGUUUUCGAGGGGAUUGUCGAUGCUGACGUCAACAUUUUGACUGCUUGGCCCGGCAAUUUGAAUACUUGCAUCUCUGUCAUCAAUCCAAGAAAAAAAUGUGUCAUCCUUAAUUUGGAUUAAAAAAAGCUUUCGAUAAGAUUGAGCAUAAUGUCAUCCUACAAA